UAUUAGAGUCAAUGUGUAUUUUUGAAAGUUUGGAUAUUUGUCCUCACUAAACUUUUUUUUAAAAUGAAAUAACUGUCGCGCCCUUAAACAGCAUAACAUUAAUAAAGUGAUAAAAAAUGACACAUUUGUAAAAGUUGUGGGGUAUCGCUCGAGUUGAACUUUUGCUUUCUGAUGCAACACGAUUGUUUGGAAGCUUCCUGUAUGCAGUCAAGAGGUUGUAUGAUUCACCCAAGGCUAAGUGGUUAAGAUUAAUCUGUUGGAGACCCAUUUGCACCCUGACUGGUAGUGUACAACGCAUUUGGACGACUGACCAUCGUCUACACAAUGGUUUAUAUGCUGGGAUUUCUGUUUUUCAUGUUUCUUUCAAAUACUGGAGGUAUCACUAAGUUCACACAGAAUCCACCUGCUGUAACGGUGGCGCCGGGAGCGACGGUGACUCUCUCCUGCCCUCAGCAUGAUGACAACGAGGCGAAAAGCAUGGGUUGGUACCGACAGGUAGAACCGGGGAAGAUGCUGCAGUAUGUCGUUUACUUAACCAAAGAUCUCGGUAUUAUUCAUGGUGACCGUAUUGAAAGAGACCGUUUCGUGCCUUCCCGGGACGCCCCAAUGGGCAGCAACAGCUACUUCCUGACCAUCCGCAAUGCCACUAAGGAAGACGAGGCUAAGUACUUCUGUGUCAUUUGGUUUCUGGGCUCCUGGGGCUUCGUCCGAGGAAACGGGACGUGGCUGCAUGUCACCGGAAAACCUACAUCAGCACCCACAGUGUGGCUUUUUCCUCCAUCAAGUGAUGAACUAGCUACCGGAAUGGGGACGAUCUGUUGCCUGGUUAAGGGAUUCUAUCCGAGAUCUGUGGAGGUGCUUUGGAGUGUGGAUGGUGAUGUAACAUCUGAAAGUGUCUCAACAACCCCUCCUGUGCUAGACAAGGAAAAUGUCUAUAAUGUAAACAGCUGCUUAUUACUCACAGCAUCUGAAUGGAAACACCACAGCUUUAUCUCUUGUACAGUUAGACAUGACCCAAGCAGUACCAUAAUUCAAAAGUCUUUUAAUUCAAAACAUACAUAAAAGUAAAACCUUUCAUUUUCCCAAGCUUGCUACUAAUAAGUAAUCUUCUUGGAUGUAUAAUCAGUUCAGUUAAUCAUAAGGGCAUUUUAUUCUAACUUUGAUAGGCAGUAUAACAAUUAACAAGUGCUAAGAUUAAGGUGUUGAACUUUAAGUCUUACAGCAUGGCAGAAAUACUCGACACAGUGUGUUAAUUCAUUCUAAUCGGCUGAUCCAUCAACAGUUCCAAUGAAAAAUGUAUUCCUGUGUUUACAACCACUCACCACACUUACUUUAUACCAGUCCAUAAACUUCAGUAUACCCAGUUAAGAAGUCAUCUUUAGUCAAUGUCUGAUAGUGGUUAAACAUGUGUACCUCUGCACAAUGAGAGAAGAUAUCCCAGAUAAAGAUCUAUAACUAACUGAAUACUGCAGUAAUAUUAAAUUUGCUGCAUUUUAAGUUCAGAUUUCGUAGGUAAUAUUUUUUCCAUGUAUGAAUUUUUUAUUAAACUUUAAACUUUUCUGAAACUACUAUGUGGGAGACGGAGUAGCAUCAGCCCUUAAUGUGGGAAAAUGAACACAUCAGUUACAUGUAUCAUAAAUUACCCAACUAAGAGUCAGUGAAACAAAGUUCACCAGAAGAAAAUGGAAUGUUUCACCAGUUACAUUUUAUUAAAAUAAUUUCUAGGGGCAAUCUAGACUCUAGAAUAAAGUACAUCACCUUUUAUUUUGUCCCAUGUCUGGCUUUCAUCUGGUUAGUUUAAGUUCAAUGAUUCUGCAAGUCAGAUUAGCAGCAGCCUAUCUAUAUAUGCUACUUGUUACUUGAAUCAUACCUCAACCUCUUAGAACAGGAAAUCUGGACAGUGCCUUAAAUAAUGGGGGGACAAAGGCCACAAAAUAGGGACAAUUUUUAAAUGUUGCUCUUACAAACUUAGAAAGUAGAUAGAAUAAUAAGUUUUACAUUAGCAUGAAUUUUCUGAGGACUAUGGUCUGAAUCUGAAAUGCAUGUCCUUAUUUUCUGAUUUCAGUCCUCAAUGAAUUGCCAAUAAUUUGUCAGAAAACCACACACAGUUUUAUUGAGAAACAGACCAAAAAUAUGAGGUAAAAAUCUUGGCAUUCUGUGAAAAUCUGUACAGUUGAGAGGUAUUUAUUGCAUUCUCCACACUAAGGUACUGGCUUACGUUUCAAAUUAAUUUUUGCUUUUGUUAUAUUUCCCCUUCACAUUUGUCACCUUUUACAAUCAGUGUACAGGUGUCAUGACAUUCUAAACUGUGUGCUUUUUACACAGUAGAUGACAUUUUUGUCUUUGCUUUGACCUUAAUGCAUAUCUUUACCUUCUCAAAGGAAUGCAUAUGUUAAAAUGUUUAUUCAGACUGGCAGAUCUAUGUUAAGUUCAUUCAUAGCAUUCUGGGUACUUUUAUAUCAUAAACAGUCUGAAACACAUAGCAAGUAUUUUGCGGUGUCACCAAAGUCUGAGCUUGGCUUAUUGUCUUAUUAUUUGGCAUGUGUUUUGUAUCUGCUGUAAUUCAUCGUUUCUUUCGCUUGUGAGUUGAGCUUUAUUUUCAUCUCUCUUUUCUUACUGUUUUAUUAAUUACCGUUUUUCCCUUUCCCAGUUUUUCUAGUCAAUUGCUUAUGCAUGGCAACUUUACUGUAAACUAGUUUUUUAUCGUUUUGAAUAUAAAAUAUUUUAAAAUUUGAGCUUUUAAUUUCCUAAUAAGUAUUGAUGUUGAGAAAUCAGUAUUUUAGAUAUUUAAACUGCCAUGUUUCUUCUCAGAUAAUGUCUUUAUUUGUAAUUUAUUCAUUUGUUUACUGUGUUAUCAAUACUGAGGAGUCAUGGUGAAGUACAAAUUUCUUCUUUUAGUAUAUUCCAAACCAUCAUCAGUAACAUUCUAUGAUCUUUUUUGUACAUAGGGUUCAACACCCAAAUACAGUUUAUAUUUAUCUUGUUGCAGACAAUGUAGAUAUUCUCAAUGGGUGAAACAUUGAGUUACAUUAAUGCUCAUAACCUCAGUGUUACUAUUGUCUAUGCCGUAUGCCCUUUCAGGCAAUUUUCAUGGCUGCAUAGGAUCAUCCAGCAGCCAUGUUAAUAACCAAAGCAUGGACUUUGCAUCAUCCUGGCUAUCAACUGACCUACUUGUUUCAGUGAAAGAACAAAAUUGUCUACAAAGUAAUGGAAUGUCUAGAUAAAAUAAUCAGUAACUUAUCGAUGUCUCUGCCAAAGACAGCAGAGUUGCAAACCUGAAUAUUUUUUGAAACGCAAUGCUACACUAGUUGUGGCCAUAACAACAAAUCAUAUAAUGGUGUUUACUUGUUCUCUCCUACAUGGAUUGUUGCAACCUGUGUCCUUUCCCUUUUUCUCCUUUAGAUGAAGGCUGAUGACUCUUCUGUAUCUGUAUUAGUUGUACUUGUUGCCCAACACCUUAGUCUCUGUGUUUUUCUGGGCACUUAUAAUAAAUCCUAAAAAUAGAGCAUAGUUUGUUUUGUUCUGUAUUCAGCCAGUGUCUGACCCUUAGUCAAACCAUCUCCCCAGGGAUGAAGCUGCAGCAUAUGUGAACAGCUACAGAGAUUCAGACAGGCGUCUCUCAAAAAUAUUUUCUGUGUUUACAUGUACAUGACUUGCACUGCUUUCAGACAGGACUCACUGUAAGCUUCAUUUAAGUCUGGCAUCAUCAGUAUUGACUUCUGAAUGAUGAUUGUUUUUAGUUAACAAGAUUUUAAUGAGGGAAAAACGUGUUUUAGAAAGAAUGUUAAGGUGAUUUUUGAACAGUAUCAGGAGUUGUUAAUCUGAGUGUAAACAUGAACUAAAAUAAAAUGUGCA